UGUGACUCCACUGGGAUUCAUCAUCCUUCUAUUCCCAUGCGUCUACCGAUCAUGUCCGGUAACUUCCUACUAGCACCCAUCCCGGAGUCUGCGGACUACUUCACAGUCCGGGAUAUAAAAAUGGCUGUUAUGGGGGCAGGCGGUGUGGGGAAAACCGCAAUGAUCGUUCGAUUCCUUACCAAAAGAUUCAUUGGAGACUAUGAAAGCAAUACUGGAAACUUGUACUCCAGACUUGUGGCUGUAGAAGGGGAGCAUAUGGCUGUACAGAUCCAGGACACACCGGGUUAUGUUAAGGUUGAAGAUGACGUAUCUCAAGUUGCAGACAUGCUGCGAUUUGUUCAGUCAUCGGAAGGUUUCCUGCUAGUGUACUCAAUCACAGACUUGAGGAGCUACGAGUACAUCCGUCACCUUCACCAGCACAUCCGGAAGGUGCACUCAGACUCUAAAAUCCCCAUCAUUAUAGUGGCCAAUAAAGGUGACCUCCUUCACGUCAGACAGGUGCCCUCAGAAUUGGGAAUCCAACUGGCCAAUGAACUGGGCUGCUCCUUUGUGGAGAUCUCUACUAGUGAAAACUGUCAGGACGUUUGUGAUGUGUUCCAACACCUUUGUAAGGAGAUCAGCAAACACCAAACCACCAGCACUGUGGAGAAGAGGAGGGGCUCCAUAAUCCCACGACCAAAGUCACCCAAUAUGCAGGAUUUAAAGAGACGAUUCAAACAGGCGUUAUCGCCGAAAGUAAAAGCUUCCUCUACCAUGGCAUAGCUUGCAUUCCUACAGGAAAGAUACUUU